GUGUUCCCGAUUUGAGUGAAAUCAUGAAGAGAAGACAGAACGGAUCAUAAUGCUUUUCCGCAACCGCUUCUUGCUGCUGCUGGCCCUGGCUGCGCUGCUCGCCUUCCUGAGCCUCAGCCUGCAGUUCUUCCACCUGAUCCCGGUGUCAGCAGCCAAGAAUGGACUGAGCAGCAAGAGUCGAAAGAGGAUCAUGCCUGACCCAGCAACAGAUCCCCCUGUGACAGAUCCUGUUUAUGAAGCUCUCUUGUACUGUAACAUCCCAAGUGUGGGCGAGCGCAGCAUGGAAGGUCAUGCCCCGCAUCAUUUUAAGCUGGUCUCAGUGCAUGUGUUCAUUCGCCAUGGGGACAGGUACCCGCUGUAUGCCAUUCCCAAAACAAAGCGACCAGAAAUUGACUGCACUCUGGUGGCCAACAGGAAACCAUAUCACCCCAAACUGGAAGCUUUCAUUAGUCACAUGUCAAAAGGAUCUGGAGCCUCUUUUGAAAGCCCCUUAAAUUCCCUGCCUCUUUACCCCAAUCACCAACUGUGUGAGAUGGGAGAGCUCACGCAGACAGGAGUCGUGCAGCAUUUGCAGAAUGGGCAGCUGCUGAGAGACAUCUACCUAAAGAAACACAAACUCCUGUCCAGUGACUGGUCCACAGAUCAGCUUUACUUAGAGACCACUGGGAAGAGCCGGACCCUACAGAGUGGGCUGGCCUUGCUUUAUGGCUUUCUUCCAGAUUUUGACUGGAAGAAGAUUUAUUUCCGGCACCAGCCAAGUGCUCUGUUCUGCUCUGGAAACUGCUAUUGCCCGGUGAGAAACCAGUAUCUGGAAAAGGAGCAGCGUCGUCAGUACCUUUUACGUUUGAAAAACAGCCAGCUGGAGAGGACCUAUGGGGAGAUGGCCAAGAUCGUGGACAUCCCCACCAAGCAGCUCCGAGCUGCCAACCCCAUAGACUCCAUGCUCUGCCACUUCUGCCACAAUGUCAGCUUCCCCUGUACCAGAAAUGGCUGCAUUGACAUGGAGCACUUCAAGGUGAUCAAGACCCAUCAGAUAGAGGAUGAGAGAGAAAGGCGGGAGAAAAAACUGUACCUUGGGUAUUCGCUGCUGGGUGCCCACCCCAUCCUGAACCAAACCAUCGGUCGGAUGCAACGUGCUGCCGAGGGCAGGAAAGAAGAGAUCUUUGCCCUCUACUCUGCUCAUGAUGUCACUCUGUCACCAGUUCUCAGUGCCUUGGGCCUUACAGAAGCCAGGUUCCCAAGGUUUGCAGCCAGAUUGAUCUUUGAGCUCUGGCAAGACAGAGAAAAGCCCAGUGAACAUUCUGUUCGUAUCCUUUACAAUGGUGUUGACGUCACAUUCCACACCUCUUUCUGCCAAGACCACCAAAAGCGUUCUCUCAAGCCCAUGUGUCCCCUUGAAAACUUAGUCCGCUUUGUCAAAAGGGACAUGUUUGUGGCCCUAGGUAGCAGUAGUACUAAUUAUUAUGAUGCAUGUCACAGGGAAAGAUUCUAAAAGGUACGAGGCACAGCACUAUAGAAUCUAUGCCAAUACAGAGGGCUGGGAAGUGUCUGCUUCUAGGUUCUGUCUGUUGCUAAGGGUGUAAAAUUAUGGAUUUUUAAAGGCUAAAAAUUGUGUUUGGGAACCACAGAGAUGGUUUGGGUUGAACAGUAAGCACGUUGCUAUAAUCUGGUAUAUAAGUUACUUGGUACAGUUCCCAGAGGAAAAAAAGGUACUUUAUCAUAACCAGACUUUGCUUAGAACGCCAGAAUAAUAUUUCUUUUUUUUUUUUUAAAGAUGACCAGUAAGGGGAUCUUAA